AUGACCGAACGGAAACCUAUCCUUCUUUGUAUGGGUAACCCUUUAUUGGAUAUUUCCGUUGUUGCCGAUGAGUCCCUUCUUAAAAAAUACGAUCUGAAAGCCAACGAUGCUAUCCUUGCCGAAGAAAAGCAUAAACCUUUGUACGAAGAAUUAGUCAAAUCUUACAAACCUGACUAUGUAGCUGGUGGUGCUGCCCAGAAUGUCGCUCGAGCUGCUCAGCCAAACUCAACUGUUUAUUUUGGAUGUGUCGGCAAUGAUCAAUUCGCUGAACAGAUGCGCAAUGCUGCGCAAAGAGAAGGUUUAAUUGCUGAUUAUUUAGUUACCGAUGAAUAUCCGACUGGCACUUGCGGUGUUAUUAUUACUAAUAACCAUAG